AUGCCGCUUGCACUGGGCUCCCAUUGGCGGCACCUGGCGGCCCUGCUGCUGAGGGCUCUGGCCAUCUCGCUGGUGACGCUGAAGCUCGGGUGCAAGAGGUGCAGCCUGGACCGCAACCUGGAGCCCGACUUGUUAUUCGCUCUGGCCACACGUAUGGAGAUGUGUGGUGAUCAAGUGGCCCCCGCAAUCAACAAGGCUGCGGCGGUGCAGGCGGCCAUGCUGCACCCGGGCAAGGCCAGCGGCGGCAGGAGCAGCCAGCAGCCGCAGCAGCGGUGCGCCAUCUUCAACAAUGUGGUGUAUCACAUGGAUGUGGCGGCCGGCAUGGCCUGGGCCUUCCAGGAGGCGGGCUGCAAUGUCAGCUGCUACCUGCGCCGCGACCUGAAGGGCGUGCAGAUAAGCAGCGCCAUGCACCAACUGCCGCGUUGCUGCUUUCUGCAAGACGUGAUGGCAGAGUGGUACCGCGGCGACUACCGCACACCUUCCUCGCUGCAGCAGGAAGCCGGGAGGUAUGCUGUCAUCGUGAUGGUCACCUUUCCAGAGUUUGGUGCCAGGCUGGCGCUGCAGCGCACGCUGCUGGAAAGCGGCGGCGAGCAGUCGAGCAAUGCAGCGACGGGAAAAGCCAGCAGGCGGCAGGCAGCAGCGGUGCCAGGCGGCGGCCCUCGCUUCCUGCUCAUCUCCCACAACCCCGACCAGCUGCUGGGCCACCCCUCGUGGCUCUCUCCGCUGCUGCUGCAGCAGGCAGUGCAGCAGAAGCAGGCCUCGGGGGCAGCAGGAGGCAGCAGCGGAGGAGGCGGCAGGCGCAGUGGUGGUCGGUUGCCACCCCGUGUGCAGCUGGCAGCGCUGUCUCCAAACGUGGCGACCUACAUUCAGUCCCUGUUGGAGACGUGGGCGGCGGGCAUGGGAGCCGCGGCGCCACGCGUUGACGUGCCCUGGCUGCCGCCGCUGCUGCCCUGGAGCCGCUCACCUGCAGCGGUUGGUGCCGGCGGCAGCAGCGGCGGCGGCGGCAGCAGCGGAGGCUACCGCCACCUGUGCAUCCAGGGCACCAUCAGCGCAAAGCGCCGCGACUACGCGGGCGCCUUUGCCGCCGCCUGCCACCCCGCGGUGCUGGCCCAGCUGGCGCGCCGCAGCGAGUCGCUGCUGCUGGUGGGCGGGCUGGACCCGGGGGCAUCGCCGCCUCCAGCCCCCGACGCCCUCCGCCCCUUUGUGCGCCUCGAAAUGGACCUCCCUUUCCAGGCAUAUUACGACACGCUGUCCCGCUGCCGUGCUAUCCUCACCGCAUUCCCACCAGACACAAACGCUUAUCUGGUGAAGAAGUCGAGCAGCACGCUGGCGGCUGCCAUCCACGCGGGCACGCCGCUGGUGACGGAGGAGAGGGUACUACGAGCUUAUUCGUACAUCCAGCGGGACGCAGCUUUCCCAUACAAAGCAGCCCCGGGGCUGCCGGAUCCAGACCCCGCAGCUGAAGCUGAGGGCACUGCAGCCGUGGCUUUGGCGGCGAGCCCCAACAUGAAGGCAGCGGCUGCCCGCAUCUGUAUGCAGAGUGCCAGCGUAUCUGAUGAGGGCGUGCUGCAGCAGGAGCAGGACCAGCAGCGGGUGCAGCAGCUACGGGAGCGUGCGCAGCGCCUGCUUCCCCCGGCUCGAAAGCCUGGGAAGCAGCAGAAGGGCAAGCCUGCCAAGGCAGAGGCAGAAACGAAAGAGCAGGGAGGGGGUGGGCAGCAGCCGAAGAAGCAGCAGCAGAAGAAGAAGAAGCAGCGGUGCGCCAUCUUUAACAAUGUGGCGUAUCACAUUGAUGUGGCAGCCGGCAUGGCCUGGGCGUUCCAGUACGACGUGGUCAUCUUCAUCACCUUCCCCGAGGGCCGCAACUACGCGCCACAGCAGCUGCUGACCCUGCUGAGCUCCGCCCAGCACCCCUCCCAGCGCCAGCUCCUCGUGGUGCACAACCCGGACUACCUGAUCCAGAACCCGCCCAUCUCUGCGGCCCUGCUGCAGUACGCGGGCCAGCCGCGCGCGGCCGCCGGGGCCCCGCCCCGGCUGCCGCCCCGCAUGCAGGCCGUGGUGCUGGCCCCCUUCAUCGCCAAGUACACCCGCUCGCUGCUGGAGGCGUGGGGGCGGCGCCGCUCCGGCGACAAGCCCCGCUUCGAGGUGCCCUGGCUGCCGCCGGUGGUGCCGGCCGCUGGCAUCGACGAGGGGGUGCCGCCCAGCGAGCUGCGGCACCUGUGCAUCCAGGGCACGAUCGACCCGAUGCGCCGCGACUACGCCGCCGCCUUUGCCGCCGCCUGCCACCCCGCGGUGCUGGCCCAGCUGGCGCGCCGCAACGAGUCGCUGCUGCUGGUGGGCAGCCUGAGGCGCGACAUCCCUCCGCUGGAGGUGCCGCCGGUGCUGCAGGCGCAUGUGCGCUUCCUCCACAACCUCCCUUACCAGGACUAUUACGCCACGCUCACCCGCUGCCGCGCCAUCCUCACCGCAUUCCCAGACAACGAUGUGUACCUUGUCAAGAAGUCGAGCAGCACGCUGGCGGCCGCCAUCCACGUGGGCACGCCGCUGGUGACGGAGGAGAGGGUCAUCAAGGCCUAUUCCUACCUGCGGCGGGAGGCGGUGUUCGCGUAUGACCCUCCCCAGGGAGCCGUGGAGCGAGACCUCGGGGCUCUGGCAGCCGGCACAGCCAGAGACAGGGCCGAGAAAGAGGAUGCCGAGAAGGCCGCGCAGCAGCAGCAGCAGCAGCGAGGGACGCGCAGGCGGAGGCGGCGGCUGGGGGAAGGAGGCGAGGAGGAGGAGGAGGUGGUGGAGGAGCCGGAGGCGGGCAGCUAUGCGUCGGCACUGCUGCGCACGUUCCAGCCGGGCGCUGCAGCGGCAGCGCAUGAGGCGGCGCGCAGCCUGAAGGCGGAGCUGAUGCAGCACAAUGCAGAGGUGGCGCAGCAGUUCCUGCUGGAAACAGCCGCCUGGGCAGAGGCGGCGGCUGCCGAGCGCUAG